AUGGCGGUCUUGGAGCCGGUGAAGCGCUUCCUCUGGGGACCGCCCUCCGAGGAGCGCGGCCUGCUCAUCAAGCUCGACCACACGCUCCUCCCCUACUUUGCCCUGAUAUGGUUCCUCUUUGGCGUCAACCAAGCCAGCUACGGCAGCGCGUACAUAAGCGGCAUGGGCAAAGAUCUCAGCUUUCAAGGCAAGGACUUCAACUACAUGAACACCAUUUACACCGUCACGUACGCCGUCUUCCAGAUCCCCGCGACGAGCCUAUUGACGCUGCUCCCCCCGCGAUGGGUCUUUGUCGCAUGCAAUGUUGUGUGGAGCGUGUUGACGCUCGUGACAUUUCGCACGACGCACGUCUACCAGGUCUUUGUUCUGUUUGGCUUCGAAGGCGCCUUUGCCGCGGUUUGCUACGUUGGAGCCCAUUUCAUCUACGGAAGCUGGUAUAAACGAUCAGAGCUUGGCACACGCGCGGCCAUCUUCUGUUGCUUGGGCCACUUUGGUAGCAUGACUGGGGCAUGGAUCCAAGCAGGCCUGCUCAAGUCACUCGAUGGCCGCGGAAGCCUGCCCGCCUGGAGAUGGCUAUUCAUCGUUGUCUCCGUCAUGACCCUCCCCGUCGUCAUCUUUGGCUGGGUCAUCAUUCCCAACUUACCGUCCCACAAGAGCGCUUGGUUCCUGACCGAAAAGGAGAAGCAGCUUGCCAUUGAUCGUCUCGGCAAGAUGAGGAAGCAAGAGUGGGAUCUCAGCGUCUUCCGACGGGUAUUACUCUCUUGGCAGUUUUACCUGCUGCCGUUCAUUUUUAUGUUGUACUCUCUCGCUGUGCAGGCGGUGCGGAACAAUGUCCCACAGCUCUGGAUGAAAUCCCGCGGCUACAAUCUAAUCCAGCAAAACAAUUAUCCCACCGGAAUCUACGCCUGUGCCAUUGUUGGCACCAUCCUGUACGCCGCGUGGUCCGACAAGAUCCGGUCCCGCUGGCAGCCGUCCCUCGUCAUCGGCGCGACCUUUAUCGUCGGCUGCUCCAUCCUCGUCUCCGGGCCCAGCACAGACGGCGCCAUGUUCUUUGCCUUUUACCUCCUCGGCACCACCUACGCGCCGCAGGCGCUCUGGUACUCGUGGAUGGCCGACGUCACGGCCCACGACCUGCAGCUGCGCGCCAUCACGACGGGCUGGAUGAACUCGUUUGACUUUGCCUUUGUGACUUGGUGGCCGCUCGUCUUCUACCCCGUCACGGACGCGCCCGACUUUCGAAAGGGCUACGUUGCGAGCCUGGUCACGGGCGCCGCCGUCGUCCCGUUCAUCCUGCUCAUUGCGUACCUGGAGAGGCGGGAUCGGGCGGCCGGCACGAUUGGCCGAGAGUUUGACGAGGAGGAUCAGGAUGCUCUGCGGCGCGAGUCAUCUAACGAGAGUCUUGAGGAUGCUGAGGCUGGACACGUACCACCGGCCGUUCCGAACAAGCUUUGA